UCAUAUAUAAAGUUUUUGGAACUGACGUGUAAUAAUUUUGUUAUUUUUUUUUGUAAUAUCAACAUUAAUUAUUUCAGUCUUGGACCGGCCACCGUCUCAGAUGAGUUAUUUGGACCAAUUCUUAAAGGAAGCUCCGACGGAGCGCCAUUAUGACAAUGUGCCCGCUAUUAACAACGAGCAAAAGAUUAUGUAUGGAUCUCAACAAUCGGCUGUGCUAAGCGGAUCUAUGGACUCGCAAGAUGAAGUCGAUCCCAGGGCCGCGUCGCCAGCUUCCAGCAAAAGCUCCCCUAGCGAGGUCUCUACGGAUCCGUCGCUGGGUCCCGCUGUGCCUGGCAAACAGAAGGUACACCAGUUCCUAGUGAGGACCUUCAGUAGUCCCACCAAGUGUAACCAUUGCACGUCACUCAUGAUCGGUCUGACCCGUCAAGGCGUCGUGUGCGAGACGUGCGGCCUGGCGGUACACACGCGGUGUUGCGGGCGAGUGGCCGCUCGCUGCCCGCUGCCGCCCGAGCGAUCCCGCAGACCGUUAGGCAUAGAUCCCGCGCGGGGGCAGGGCACCGCGUACGAGGGAUACGUCAAGGUAUAACUCCAGUAGAUUGCUAAUCUCAACCUUGCCUCAAUAACACCCGCGUGAGGUCAUUUGAAAAUAGAAAGUACCGAUAGCAUAAAAGGCAGAGAUAAAUUAUUUAUUAAUUAUUGAAAUAAUUGUGUACAAUUUGUAUUUUAUCAAUUUUGUAUUCUCAAUGAUAUACUGGAAAAUAUUCUUAAUGAAAAAUGCUUAAUAAUGUAACAUGUGGUCAGUCCUGUUAGGUCUUGGCCAGCUUAGUGGUUAGAACAGUCGCUCGGGUUACGUAAGGUUCGAGUCCCAUCUCAGAGUGCUAGGGACAGAGUGGAUUUUUUUAAACAUUUUCCGUUAAGAAUGUUAUGAAUAAUCCCUAAAAUUUUGUUAUUUGUAUGCUUUUAGUUUGAUAGCAUGAAUUUCGGAAAAGAUAAACAUAGUUAUUGA